UGGCUCGGGAGUGGGUGGCGCAGGGGAGGUCGCUAGCCAGUUCGGACGCCGUCGCCCGCUUCCCCGAGCUCCGCGCGCUCCCUGCCGCCCCCGGGCUCGCGCUCCCUGAAGGGGCGCGCCCGCGCGGACCGCGCUCCCGGCGCCGCCCACUCCCCUCCCAGCGGCCGCCCCUCCCUCCGCCCGCACGGCCGGCGGCGGUGGCCGGGAGAGGCCCCUCCUUCACGCCCUCCUUCUUUCCCUCACUCGCAGCCGAGCGGAGCCGGCGGACGCUGCUGGGCCCCUAACCCUCCCGGGCCAUGGCCGGCAAUGUGAAAAAGAGCUCCGGGGCCGGGGGAGGCGGCGGCUCCGGCGGCUCGGGCUCGGGCGGCCUGAUCGGGCUCAUGAAGGACGCCUUCCAGCCGCACCACCACCACCACCACCACCUCAGCCCCCACCCGCCGGGGACCGUGGACAAGAAGAUGGUGGAGAAGUGCUGGAAGCUCAUGGACAAGGUGGUGCGUUUGUGUCAGAACCCAAAGCUGGCGCUAAAGAAUAGCCCACCUUAUAUCUUAGACCUGCUGCCAGAUACCUACCAGCAUCUCCGCACUAUCUUGUCAAGAUAUGAGGGGAAGAUGGAGUCACUUGGAGAAAAUGAGUAUUUUAGGGUGUUCAUGGAAAAUUUGAUGAAGAAAACUAAGCAGACCAUAAGCCUCUUCAAGGAGGGAAAAGAAAGAAUGUAUGAGGAGAAUUCUCAGCCUAGGCGAAACCUAACCAAACUGUCCCUGAUCUUCAGCCACAUGCUGGCAGAGCUAAAAGGAAUCUUUCCAGGUGGACUCUUUCAAGGAGACACGUUUCGGAUUACUAAAGCUGAUGCUGCAGAAUUUUGGAGAAAAGCUUUUGGGGAAAAGACAAUAGUCCCUUGGAAGAGCUUCAGACAGGCCCUUCAUGAAGUGCAUCCCAUCAGUUCUGGGCUGGAAGCCAUGGCUCUGAAAUCCACUAUUGAUCUGACCUGCAAUGAUUAUAUUUCAGUUUUUGAAUUCGACAUCUUUACACGGCUCUUUCAGCCCUGGUCAUCUUUGCUCAGGAACUGGAACAGUCUUGCUGUAACUCAUCCUGGUUACAUGGCUUUCCUGACAUAUGAUGAAGUGAAAGCUCGGCUCCAGAAAUUCAUUCACAAACCUGGCAGUUACAUUUUCCGGCUGAGCUGUACUCGUCUGGGUCAGUGGGCUAUUGGUUACGUCACUGCUGAUGGGAACAUUCUCCAGACAAUCCCUCACAAUAAACCUCUUUUCCAAGCACUGAUUGAUGGCUUCAGGGAAGGCUUCUAUUUGUUUCCUGAUGGACGAAAUCAGAAUCCUGACCUGACAGGCUUAUGUGAACCAACUCCCCAAGACCACAUCAAAGUGACCCAGGAACAAUAUGAAUUAUACUGUGAGAUGGGCUCCACAUUCCAACUGUGUAAAAUAUGUGCUGAAAAUGAUAAAGAUGUAAAGAUCGAGCCCUGCGGACACCUCAUGUGCACAUCCUGUCUGACAUCCUGGCAGGAAUCAGAAGGCCAGGGCUGUCCUUUCUGCCGAUGUGAAAUUAAAGGUACUGAGCCCAUUGUGGUUGAUCCCUUUGAUCCUAGAGGAAGUGGCAGCCUGUUGAGGCAAGGAGCAGAGGGAGCUCCCUCCCCAAAUUAUGACGAUGAUGACGAUGAACGAGCUGAUGAUUCUCUCUUCAUGAUGAAGGAGUUGGCCGGCGCCAAGGUGGAACGGCCUCCUUCUCCAUUCUCCAUGGCCCCACAAGCUUCCCUUCCCCCAGUGCCACCCCGGCUUGACCUUCUACAACAGCGAGUAUCUAUUCCUUCGAGUGUUUCUGGUCUUGGAACUGCUUCUAAGGCUCCUUCUGGCUCCCUGCAUAAGGACAAACCAUUACCAAUACCUCCCACUCUUCGAGAUCUUCCACCACCACCCCCUCCAGACCGGCCAUAUUCUGUUGGAGCAGAAACCCGGCCUCAGAGACGCCCCUUGCCUUGUACACCAGGCGACUGUCCUUCCAGAGACAAACUGCCCCCUGUCCCCUCUGGCCGCGUUGGAGAAAUAUCAUGGCUACCUCGGCCAGUCCCCAAAGUACCAGUAGUUGCCCCAAACCCUAGUGACCCCUGGACAGGGAGAGAAUUAACCAACCGGCACUCACUUCCAUUUUCAUUGCCCUCCCAAAUGGAACCCAGAGCCGACGUGCCCAGGCUCGGAAGCACAUUCAGUCUGGAUACCUCCACGAAUAUGAAUAGCAGCCCAUUAGCAGGUCCAGAGAGUGAGCAUCCGAAAAUCAAACCUUCUGCUUCUGCUAAUGCCAUUUAUUCUCUGGCUGCCAGACCUCUUCCUGUGCCAAAGCUGCCACCUGGGGAGCAGUGUGAAAAUGAGGAAGACACAGAGUAUAUGACUCCCUCCUCUAGGCCUGUGGGACUUCAAAAGCCAGAGGUGAAAUGGCCUUUGGAGACAACCCAGAGUGCAUGGGCAUGUGAUUGUGACCAGCAGGUUGAUAGCUGUACAUACGAAGCGAUGUAUAAUAUCCAGUCCCAGGCGGUGCCAUCUACCACAGAGAGCGGCACCUUUGGUGAAGGGAAUUUGGCUGCAGCCCAUGCCAACACUGGCCCUGAGGAAUCAGAAAACGAAGACGAUGGAUAUGACGUCCCCAGGCCACCCUUGCCCGCGGUGCUGGCCCGCCGCACACUCUCAGACAUCUCCAACGCCAGCUCCUCCUUCGGCUGGCUGUCUCUGGAAGGUGAUCCCACAACAAACUUCACUGAGGGUUCCCAAGUUCCUGAGAGGCCUCCCAAACCGUUCCCUCGGAGAAUCAACUCUGAACGAAAAGCAAGUAGCUGUCAGCAGAGCAGCGCCGCCGCCUCCCCGCAGCUCUCCAGUGAGAUCGAGAGCCUUCUGAGUCAGGGAUACUCCUACCAGGACAUUCAGAAAGCCCUGGUCAUUGCCCACAACAACAUCGAAAUGGCCAAAAAUAUCCUCCGGGAAUUUGUUUCCAUUUCUUCUCCUGCCCACGUAGCCACCUAGCACACCCUUCCCUGCCGCAGCUUAGAGGACCGAGGAGCCCUGAGCUCCUAAAAGGGCAGAGAGGUUCCUUUGGAGACUUCACAGUGCAGUCUUGCCCGGUCUGUGGGAUAUCACAUCUGUGGUUCCAAGAUUUCAAAGCAGUGGAAUGAGAACAGAACAGCUAGGAUGUUCUAUUAUUUUAUUUGUUUUGAGAGUGCAUUUGACGGUGUCCUUCAGUCCCCACUUAGAGAGAGUGUGGAUUUUUAUUAAAUGGUAGCCUCCCUGGGGGAACAGUCCAGAAAGCAGUAGAGAAGUACUGUGCUGUAAAUCCUAACUGAGGACUUACGACUUUCCUGGGUUAAGGAUGUGGUUGUGUGUGUCUUGUCUGUCUGUCUUUCUGUCGUGUGUGUCCUGUGAUCAUAAGAUGAACCUGCUGUGUGUGUUAAUCCCAGGGAGGGAAUUAGCACAAGAGGUUUAGGAAGGAAUCUUACGGACUUGGUUUUAUAUCCAACCCCAGUGUGUACUACAACUCCAACACUCCCUUUGGCUUGGAUUAUCAUGCGCAUAGCUUAAGUCUUGUAUUUUUAGAACACCUUCCCUCUGUCCCUUCCCCCAUCUCCUCCUCCCUCCUCCUCCUUGGUGUCUGUCGUUGGCAGUGGGCUUGCUCUGACCAGCCUUACUGAAGCCAGGCAGCUUAUAGGAUGUUCUUUACUGAGUGUGGUGGGGUCUGUCUGUCUGGUAGAUGGGUGGGGGAAAGCACUGUUGCUCUGUCAUCAUGGUCGUGUGUGAUACUAGCAGCUAACACUGGUCACUCCAAAGCACUGUUUCUAUAGGAAGAUUGAAUCUGUUUUUAAAAAGAUGUUUUAAUUAUCCUAAUUACAUUAUGACUGAUUUGAGAUCGAGGCCUUCAGUUACAUUCCGUGCCCUCCCCAGGAUAUAGUCUGUGGGAGUCAGUUGCCUUGUUGCAGGUAUGUGUUCUAACGUAGGUCAGGAGUUUUUCUACUUAACAGGAAGGGAGGAACAUUUGUUUCCAGCAUGACUUUGUGGCCCAAAUACCAUGAAGCUUUUACGAAGCUCCAUUCACCCGCCGUUUACCUUGUUAUACAUAAAAUGCACAAAACAGACAAUAAGGAUUUAUCUGUUCAGUUUUUCUUUCCAGUGAAUUAAUUUCAGCUUAUAAGGGUGUCUCCCUUUGAACAUGAACCAGGUUGUAUUUUCAGAAAUGAUUUUUUUCUUUGCCCUUUAAGGAAUGGGGAUGCCACCCGUGGUAGCACAGCAUUCUGCUGAUAAUUAGCACCAACCCUGCAUUGGUGCUGCCCGGCGACUUGCUUUUCUCUUGUGCCUGUGGCUUUGGGAAUGUAGCAUUUUCUUCUCCCCUUUAGGUCCUAUAUGCUCUUUAAUGACUGCACUCCCCACGGUAAUUAGACAUCACUGGGUGUAAUGAAUGACUUUAUGUGUCAGACAGCAUGUGAAAAGCCCUGCAGCUUGUGCCAUUGCAGGUUUGCAAAGAAGACUCAAGAGUCCAGUGUGGGGCACCGCCAGUCAGUUCCUGCAGAUGCUGCCCAGGGACCACUUGAGUUCAGUUAGUUCUCUGGCCAGAGCCUCUUACUGACUUCCCUAGCAGGGUGGAGCCUUCCUCUUUGUCAGAAGCAAGCCUGCUCUUUGAUAAAUCUACCGUCCUCACAGUCUAAAUCAUGCUUUUGUCUUGAGAUGCAAACAGAAACGACUCCCUUACAUCUGUUUUCUUUCCCAUCUUGUCAUCUCUGGAUCUAGAACUUUUUGUAACUCUUCUCUUGGCUUUCAGCUACUCCUGGGUCUUUGGUUUUAUCCUCUUGAUUCAGAGCCAUUUAUGUUCCCAGAGAAGACAGUACAGGACUUCUUGCUGACUCGCCAUGGUUACCAUGUCUCCUCUGUAUGGCAGAAAACGACCCAGCCCCCACCAGGUGCAGGGGGCCUGAAUCGGGGAGGAGGGGACAGGGAAAGUGGCAGUGAAUAGAAAACAGUAACCUAGCAUCUCCUUCACAAAGCCAGCACAGUGUUUCAUUUAUGUUGACACUCAGUUUUGCACUUUGUUUAGCUGUUGAAGGCCUUAGACAAAGAACUGGAAACAGUAGCAGCAGCUUAAUGACGUCUCCACACUGGGAUUUUUCCUUGUCUGUAGACAUUGGCCGUAGAAUUAUCAUGAGAACAAAGCACUGGUUCUGCAUACCUUUUGCCUUUUCAAAGUGCAUCCAAAAUCAUCUUUGGAGCUUAUGUCUUUAACUCACACGGGCUAAGAGCAAGUUCACCCUUUCUUUUCCUGAGUAUCUGUAAGGCUCUUUGAGUCAGCCCCAAAACUAGGGCCAGGUCCCUGUUUUGAACAUGCUUACCAUUGCUUGGCUUGGUAGUUAGCUUGUCGGCCAUGUAUCAGGGUCUUAGACCAUUCUGUGAGGGGUCUUCCCUUUGGGUGCCCUGAGGUUAUGCCUGGAUCCAUGCCUGAAAUUGCCAGGUGAGCCUCUAGAAAGUUUCUACAUGGCUCUGGUGUUGAGGAUAUUUCCAAAACUUUUAAAUUUCUUAAAUUUUCCUUUAACUCAGGCACCAAUAACUCAUUCUUCAUCCUCCAUUUGUAUGGCAGUUUUUAAUUCUUUGCUCUGAAUUUAAAAUUGCCCUUUCACAAGUGAGCUUUAUCUUGAGUUUCGCCAUUUGGCAAACCGAUCCCCUUCCCCCUCUUGAUUACAAACAGUUCCUUCUCUGUUAAUGACUAUCAGGUGGGUAGGGUAAAAACCACUUUGAUGUUUUCCUUUUUCUCAGAUGCACUAGGCUGUUCUGCUCAGCCCGGUCACCUGCUUCCCCACGGCUUCCCGGGGUGCUUCACGUGUAGUCUGCCUCGUUGCCAUCAUGCAUCAGCCGCCCUGCUGUACUCCUUCCUUUAAAGUCAAGGGUGCUCAAGGUGGAGAAAACCUGUGGGCUCAAUGAUAUACCUCCCUUUAGGUAAAUAAUAGAUCAGGCAGUUGAUUGCCUCAGCAUUUAUCUGUUAGUAUGUAUAUAAAUAGUGACAUACACCUGUGGAUGGUCACUCCUUCCACUGGCUCUGUCUCCCCAGCCCCACUCCACACAUUCUGCUGUUCUUCUGUUCUCUCUCUUCCGAUACAGACUCUCAGCACCAGGACCAGGAUGUGGGAUGGUACUUGUAGUAUCAUUUAGCUCUUUUGUGGAUUUUUAAAAAGUUGGGGGAUGCUAUUGUUCAUACUUAAAAUAUUUAUUUUCUCCAUAGAAAAGUAAAAUAAAUGUUAUGGUCUAAUCAGCAGCGUUACACGUGAAUUUUUGAAUAUUUGCUUGCAAAGUAGGGACCAGCUAUAUGUUUCCUUUAAUAAGAUCUAGACCUUUCUGUGUGUGAUCACCAAUUGCAUUCAUGCAGAAUAUUCUCCUACCUCAUGUCAUGAAAGGCAGAGGGUUGUAGGCCCUCUUCCCAAACUGUAAGUCCCCCUUCUUGCCAUUGGCCUUUCUGACUCUGCAGUGCCCACUGCCCAUGGAGUAACUAAUGGUGGUUCUGACCAUUGGCCUGGCUCUGACAGUUCGUGUGGUCAUUCAGCAUGUUCAGGAGUGAUUUCCAGGAGCCGGAAGUGUCCGCUCUGUGUUCUCCCCUGCCCCCACGUGGUGGCUUCCUGACGUUGAGGGGUUGUACUUGGGCUGUCUAGUGCAUGCAUUUGGCCCUAAAAUAGCCAUUCCCAAUAUGAUUGUGCAGUUUAUAUACACAGCCCUUUUAUGUGGACAUACAUUUCCUUAUAGAGCUAUCCUGGUUAAAUACCAGUUCAAGAUGCUCCCUUUAACCCCUGUUGUCUUCCCAUAGCGUUGACAAUGUCUGAGAGAUUCCGCCAUGUCAGUCUCAUGGAUACCCACCAUUUUUAUGUUUCCAUAGAAUCUGUUUGGUGGGUUGGUAUGUUGGCUCAGAGUCAUACAGUAGGACAGUUAAAUGUUUCAGUAAAGCAUCAGCCUCCAGUCCCCUUUCCACUCUAGUGCCUUCCUUGAUAUUUUUACUGAGCUGCUUGUAUCCCUAAUCCCGUUUCCUCGAAAGUUUUCUUAUCACCUUUUUGGGACCUUUUACCAUCUCGCAUUCUGUUUGGAACUUGUUUUCCAAUCCUUCAGCAACCUUUGCAACUAAUCCUAUGUCUUAGAAAGGCUGAAGGUGUGGGAGAGGGAUGGGCUCCUGUCUCUGGGUCCUGACCUUCAACCAGCUGUUUGGUCUCCCAGGAGCCAGGCAGUAAAAUAGAUGAACUCAGUCAGUUCUUUAAAGUGUCAGCCUGUAUCUCUAGGGGUACUGAACUUAGAGAGCUUAGAGACCCUAGAACUUAGGAUCAAAGUCAACACAUUAUUAUCUUCCUAGACUUUCAGGCUUUAGAAAUUCAAUCUCAAGUAUUCUCAGUUGGCGUAAAGCAUUACUCCUACUACUCUGAUCUUACUUAGCAGUCUCUCUUUAGAAAUGCAUGUAGCCACUUAGUGCGUGGAGGAGGGUGCAUAGUGGAAGAAGGUCAAGGUUGUAUCUUUGACCAUCCUGUUGAAGAAUCCUUUGGAUGCCAGAGACAGAAGCAUUCAAACAAAGAAAGGAGGGAGUCAUAAGAAUUCAGGGUGUUUCCUAGAAGCUAGGAUAAGUGCAGUUGAUUCUUGCGUGGAGCUUAGAAACUUUGCACCUUGUCCUUUCUCCUGCUUGUUGGUUUGUUUAUCAGUGUGCAUGGCCCCCAAAUACGCACCCCAGUCCUCAGGUCCUCAGGGCCUCUCAGCUGUAGGGAUCACCAUCUUAACAGAUUCCCAGUGCCUCCUGGUCUGUAUUCUCAAGAAAGAAUACGAUCAGCCUAGCACGCUAACCAGGUGUUUGCUCCUGACCCGUCAGCCUCGCCACUCAGGAGCACGCUCCUCCAGGUGGGACGCGGGGGCGGGGGUUCUCAGAGAGGAGGGGACACACACCCUCUAGGAGUUAAACUCUAGUAGUAAAACUUACCAUACUGCUAUUUUGAGAGUAGAAAGGCAAUCUGGGACAUAAGGAGAUGCUUAGGUUUAAGUUAUUUUGGGUUGCCAUCUUUGUUUCUUUAUUUCCCAUUUUUCUUCCCUUUAUGAGUCUUGGCAUCCAAGAUUUCUUACCUCCCUCUCCUGUUCUGGACCUAGUCUCUUCUUGGGUGAUACUUCUUAGCCUUCAUUCAAUCUCAGGUUUUUAGCCUUCUUUCAUUCUGUUUAGAGAGCAGAUCACAAAUCCCACUGUAGCACCUGGCCAUGGACUGCUGGGCCCUCUUCAGGUUUUAGUGCGAAAAUAGAUUCAUUUUAUGGGCCUGUGGCCAGUGUUCCUCCACUUCCUCCUCCUCACCCUUUCAUUUGCUCUUUCCCAUGUGACGGGGGGCUUUGCGGUAAGAGUCUUAGGCAGGCCUUCCGGGUACCUCAAAGACAACUUUGCCAGAACAUAUAAAGUUGGGACAGCUGUCAGGAUGUGAAUUAGGUAUAGAUUCCAGGUUAGAAUAGUUUUUACUGAGCUCUUUAGACAGGAUGCCCUGUCCAGUUGCUUCCUUUCUAGUCCUAUAGUCACGCCUUUAUUUUUGGGUGUUGUAAAACUGUGCUCCUGCUUGCCUGAAUCUUUUAGUCUUAUUUAUCUCAUCCUGGAGCCUGUGCUGUGUUGUUAAGGCAUUUCAUAAUUCCUUAUAACUUUUUUAAACUACUGAAGUCAUUUGAUAGACACAGAAGUCACCUAACAAUCCAAAGAUAGACACGGAGGCCCGUGAAGAAGGGUGGAGAAUCAGUCUUUCUGUUUGGUAUUCUCUUCAAGGCUCCAGAAUGAAGGAGCAGAGAGACAGCGGUGCCAUGCACCCUUACAGGGUCCUAGGAGAUCUGGGUUGGUUUCAAAGGGGACACCAGUGUUUCUCGGUUCCAGAAAGUAGCACAGGAGUAAAUGGGGAGAUCGGGGAGCAAGGCGUGCCUGGAGGCUCACUGGCAGUUGGCUGGAAAGCACGGUGCCAAGGGGCCAGCUGUUGACUAACAGACUAACAACUGUUUGGAGAUCUUGCUGCCUCUUCUCUUGUUCGGUGCUUGAGAGAAAUGUGGCUGGCCACUCCCUGUGCUUUGUAGAGAGCAAAGACUGAAAGCUGGUCUCAGAGCUCCUACUGAAUUGGCAGCCAAACAAAUCAGCAGAGUUCUGAUUGCCUGGUCCCAUGCUCUUGCUUCAGCCCCAGAAAUGAAUGUGAGAGGAACCUUCCACGUUGCCCGUCACAGGUUCUCCUGCUACCCCUGAACCAGACUGGGAGGCCAGAGGAGUGCCGCUUGGUACAGGCUCUCUGCGCCUCCUAGGCCGGCCCGGUCCUGCGUGCCCAGCCCAGUGCGCCUCCAUGCGUGCUGAUGUACCCUUUGUGUCAGUCCCCUCCCUGCUGGCCUGUGACCCUGUCAUGGGAGAGGGUAGCCAGGCUGUGGCUGUCCAGAGACUGAAGAGGCAGAGAACUGCUUAUGAAUCUGCAGACCACAUGUUUUCCCUUCCUUGGCUUCUUCCUUCUGCCAUCUGGGUGAGUAAGCCUGCAGGCGCAAUGCCCAUGAGAGUGGAUGCCUCCUGACCUACCCUUCUCAGCGUUGGUUUAGUGUCUUGGCCUUGGCCUCUUGCUGAAACGUGGCAGGGGCAUGGCAGCUAUGAGGUACCUCCUCCAUCUGCUUUCUUGCUGUGGUGACUUGGGAUUUUUAACCUUAUAUAUCUUUUUCCUUUAUUCAAAACAAAACAAUUUUUAGCACACUGAAAAAAAAAAGAGCCAAACAUUUUGUGCCUUUCUAAGGCAGCACUGUAUCCCAGGCUGCAUUUUAGGACUUAAUAUGGAAAUACCAGAGUCUUAGCUCCUCUACCUUGAGUGUCACUAGUCCCUACAGUCUAGGGGAAAGGAAGUGCUCUGUGUGGCUGGGGAGGUGGCACCCAGGUGCAGCCUGUCAGUGGGCCCUUCUCCCUGCUGUGACGCUUAGUUGGAAGAAAUCAGUAUUGUACCCUGGGGUCAUUUGGUUGGUUCCAGUCAGGAUCUUAGGUUGGAUGUUCUGUGUUCAGCAAGAAGAGACAGAAUGUUCCCUGGUUUCCAAGUAUACUCUGGACCAUGUCAGGUGUCCCAGCCUCCUCCUGAUCCUAUUAAUGACCCAGCCGCAUGGAACAGUGUUGUGUGGACUCUCCUGAGAAGGGGAGGGUGUUUGUGUAUUUGUUUGUCUUGUCUUUUUGCUGGAUCCUGAACUGGCCUAGACCUCCUGCCUCUCCCUUAGACUUGACUUUCCUUUCAUUGGAAAACUUCAGACGUAGAGCAUUAAGCAGCUAGAGCCCUCUGCAGGGGCCAGUUUCCCCUGGGAAAGGCAGCAAGGACCACGUACCAGAACAGAAGCCUGUCCUCAGUAUUGUGGCCACUGUAGAAAAAAAAAGUUUUCUAUAUAAUGACAUUUUACUUAAUCCUUUUCCUUUUCUCAGUUCCCUGCCAUUAACCAAUAAAGAAUUGGGAGAUAGAAACAAUUCUUUUCAAAGCCCUUCUUAUUCAGGAUUUUGACAUUCUUGGCCUGGGUGGGGCUGGAGAGAACAUCUUGAUGCUUUCUCCAGAAUGAAGAGUCCCAAUUUGUAUAUCAGUGUUAAAAAUAAACAGAAUGAAAACUUAGAUUUUUGUGGACUAUUUUAAAAAUGUCAUUAAUAUAAAAAAAUUAUAUUAGCAGUAUUUAAUCAUUCUCACCUGUAAAGAAUAAGAAAAACAGAAGGUAAAUAUUCUUACAGAGAAUAGCAGAGCUUUAAGAUUCAUUUUCAUUUAAAGUCCAUUUUGUUUUGCAAUGUAUUAAUGUUUAGAGGUUCUGUUAUACUAAUGUUAUUUAUUAAUUUUUUUCAUUUCCAUACACAGUUAACUAAAGAGCUUUUUCAGGCACCCAUGUCUGUAAAAAAAUAUUUUUAAAUAAAGUUUCUUUUGUUGUAGCA